UCAUACAAUUACACUCUUUGUCGCUUCAAUUUUGUCCAGAUUUGGAAUUGUGAUAUCCGAAGAAGAUUAGAUACAUACAGAAACAAAAACAAACAAACAAAAAAAAGCCACCCUAUAAAGAAUUAGGUGAGCAAGUUGGAACUACAGGUGACAUUGCUCUAUCUAUAUCAUAUCAGCAUCAUGGCUCAUCACUAUUUAUACUCUGUUUUUCACAAAUUUAUACUGUUUUCCCCAAUUUACUCGUGGCAAUGGAACCAGAACAGCUACUCUCAGCGGCUUAUCCCAAGAGCAAGAACAAGGCCACUACUAGGGUUUUAUUGUCCUCGGCGAAAUGGGUUCUCAAAAUCACAAUGUGGGUUGUCUUCAUUGCGUGGGUUGUUCUUAUGUUUAUAGUGCCAUCAGAGUUUGGGAGUGAUGUAUAUGAUGCAAUGGUUGAUUCUAUAGAUGGAACUCUUUAUGGGACUACAGGAGCAACUUUUUUGAUAAUGGGUGGCCCAAUUCUCCUAAUUGCAUUUCUUGCAAUUCCUUAUCUUAUUAUCAACUCCAAGGAAGAGGAAGAGCAACUCCGAGAGAAGAAGGAUAAAAAAAUCCCAAGAUUCCGCUUAAAGACAUUCCCGGUUCUCGUGGAUGGACCUUUUGGGGUUGUUUCUGCAGCAGAGUUAAUUGGGAUACUGCUCUUUGUUGUGUUUGUUAUCUGGGCUGUGUAUGCUUAUACUGUAGUCAACAUCAUCAUGUUACCUUCUUAUGGCGAAGAGACUGCUGAGGAACAAAGGAUCAUAAUGGUGCGAAUGACGGCAUAUAUUUUUGGUUUGACUGCCUUAUCUUGCUUGGCCUUUUUGUUUCUUCCAAUUGCAAGGGGCUCAAUCCUUCUUCGUCUUAUUAACAUACCAUUCGAGCAUGCUGUCAGAUAUCACAUUUGGUUGGGAAAUCUCAUAAUGUUCAUCCUUACUCUUCAUGGAUUAACUUAUUUUGCUGAAUGGAUAAUGAGGGGUGAUUUCCUAACCCAAUUACUUGAAUGGAGAAGUGAUGCCGGUGCCAAUUUUGCGGGAGUUAUCUGCUAUUCGUUUUUUUUAGUGAUGUGGGUGACAUCACUUCCUCCUGUGAGGAGGAGAUAUUUCGAACUGUUUCUCUACGCCCAUCAACUCUACAUACUCUUUAUCAUCUUUAUGGCAUUGCAUAUUGGACAAACCUAUUUCAGCAAAGCCGCUGCUGGAAUUUUUCUAUUCAUGCUUGAUCGCUUUCUAAGAUUCUGGCAAUCAAGAAGGGCUGUCAACGUAACAUCGGUCACUUGCUUUCCCUGUGGAACAGUGCAAAUUGUCCUUUCAAAACCUGCAAAUCUGCAGUACAAUGCCCUCGGUUUUAUUUUCCUUCAAGUUCAGGA